AUGAAAGGUUUCACUUACCUUACCACCGCCUUUCUAGCCAUUCUACCUGCCCUUGCUAUCCCAACGGGAUCAACCCUACAGAAAAAGGCAGACUCGAGUAAAGUCGGCUAUUUGGCUGUCUACUGGACAACUGCGGACGAGAGCGUGUAUUUUGCCCUCAGCAGCAACGAUGACGCUCUAGGGUUCAAGGCUAUCAACGGAAACAAACCGAUUUUGUCGCCUACGCUUGGGACAAAGGCCGUCAGGGACACAUCAAUUAUUACCGGACAAGGUGAAAACGCAGGAAAAUUCUAUAUCUUAGGCACUGAUCUGAACAUUGAUGAGGUAUGCACAACUUGGGACGCUAGCGCUCGCACCGGAUCUCGCGGAAUAUUUGUUUGGGAGAGCACAGAUCUGGUCACCUGGACAAAUGAGCGGCUGGUGACAGUUGAGGAUGAAACGGCCGGAAUGGCCUGGGCUCCCGAUGCGUAUUGGGAUUCCUCCAAAGGACAAUACUUUGUCCACUGGGCUGCGCAAUUGUUCUCUGCAGAUGACACCGACCACACCGGCGCGCCUACCCUAAACACCAGUAUGCGGUAUUCCUACACUAGCGACUUCAAGACCUUUACCAAACCAGAGACAUAUGUGUCACUCGGUGACACCGGUGUAAUUGACAUGGCUUUGCUCAAAGACGAUAACACGCUCACCCGAUUCUACGUUGUCGAAGGGGUUCCAGUGCAACAGACCAGUACCAACGGACUUUUUGGUGAUUGGACUACGGUCAAAGGAACGAUUGAGGCUGGCUCUGGUUAUGAGGCGCCGUAUCCAUUCUGGGAUAAUGUGCAAAAUGGGUUGGCAUAUCUUCUCUGUGAUAAGUUGGGCAGUGAUGCUGGAAUCCACGCAUGGCAGUCCAACGAUCAGACUUCCGGUACAUUUACCGUGAAUAACACCCACGACUUGAGUUUCAUGCGGCAUUUGUCAGUUCUGCCAGUGAACCAGGCUCAAUACGAUGCAUUGUCGGCAUUAUAG